AUGAAUUUCAACACCAGUCUUUACUCCAACGGCCUUGGUGGAAUCUCCGAUGAAUACAAUGUCAGCCUUCAAGCAGCUCGAUGCGGCGCCAUGAUCUUUCUCGUUCUUUACGCUUUCGGCUGUGAACUAUGGGCGCCAUGGUCAGAAGAAUUAGGGCGAUGGCCUAUCUUGCAAUUUUCGUUGACCCUGGUCAACAUCUGGCAGCUUCCUGUCGCCCUAGCGCCGAAUUUUGCAUCGAUCAUGGUGGAAAGGGCCCUCGGAGGUCUUAGUUCUGCAGGAGGCUCGGUGACUUGGGAAUGA